AUGGCUGAUCAUGCAACUACUACUACUACUAAUAAGCCACCUGUUGUUAGACGAUCAGCAAACUAUCCCCCUUCACAGUGGUCCUAUGAUUAUCUCCAGUCACUCAACACCACCAACUAUGUCGAUGAAAAAUGCAAGACAGCAUCACAAGCUUUAAAAGAAACUGUGAGGACGAUGAUCUCUAAUGAAUCAGCAGCGGAGAACCCGUUGAGUACACUUGAAUUAGUUGAUGACUUGCAGAGGCUUGGAAUAUCAUAUCACUUCCAAGAUGAAAUAAACAAUGUGUUGAAGACGAUUUACAAUUCCAACUAYSAAAGUCAUGACAAGUGGAACGGAAUGGAUUUGAACCUGAAAUCCCUCGGCUUUAGACUCUUACGACAACAUGGUUAUCGUAUCCCUCAAGAAAUAUUUGAGGACAUCAAGGAUGAGACAGGAAACAUCAAGGCCCAUAUACGUGAAGACAUUGUAGGAAUGCUUAACCUGUAUGAGGCUUCAUUUCUUGCUACCGAGGAUGAAAAUAUACYGGAUGAAGCCAGGGAAUUCACAACCAAAUGUCUCAAAGAAAAGAUGGAGAAGAAGAGCAUUGUUGAUGCAAGUAUGUCGAUGUUAGUAAGUCAUGCCUUGGAGCUUCCAUUGCAUUGGACGAUUCAAAGGUUUGAGGCAAUAUGGUUUAUAGAAACAUACAGGAGGAGAAGUCACAUGAAACCCUUGUUGUUAGAGCUUGCUGAAUUGGACUUCAACAUUGUGCAAGAAAUACACCAAGAAGAUCUAAAGUACUCAUCAAGGUGGUGGAAUCGUCUAGGUUGGGACAAGAAGCUGAGCUUUGCUCGAGACAGGUUGGUGGAGAGUUUUAUGUGGUCUGUUGGUUCGCGUUACGAACCAUCAUUUGGUGUUGUAAGGAGAAACAUCACAAAGCUUAUUUCCCUAGUAAAUGUGAUAGACGAUGUCUACGAUGUAUAUGGUACUUUGGAUGAACUCGAACAAUUCACCCAAGUUGUCAAAAGAUGGGACAUCAAUGCCAUGGAAGAACUUCCUGUUUACAUGAAGAUAUGCUUCCUUGGAUUCUACAACACCAUCAAUGAGAUGGCAUACAACACCUUGRCAGACCAAGAAUCCCUUGUUAUACCUUCUGUGAAAAAAGCGUGGGCAGAUUACUGUGAAGCAAACCUGGUGGAGGCACGGUGGUUCAACAGCGGAUACACACCAACGCUUGAAGAGUACUUGAACAACUCGUGUAUUACCAUUUCAGUUCUUGUAAUAAUUUCAAAUGCYUAUUUCUUCGCUUCAAGKGAUGACGAKAUUAAUGCUAACGACGCCUUGCRCAACGUACUUCACUUGUCUGCUAUGAUUUUACGUCUUACUGAUGACCUGGGAACAUCAUCGGCGGAGCUUAAAAGAGGUGAUGUUCCAAAAUCAGUGGAGUGUUACAUGCAUGAAACGGGUGCUYCUGAAGAGAAAGCCAGGGAAUAUGUACACAAGUUGAUCAUCGAGACAUGGAAAAAGCUAAAUAAAGAGAAAAUGGCCCUCAAAACUCCAUCUUCUCGCAUAUUUGGCGAAUGUGCAGCAAAUCUUGGCAGGAUGGGGCACUUUACGUACCAGCGUGGGGAUAUAUUUGGUUCGCCAGAUGAUCUGUAUAAAUCUCAUGAAAUUUCCUUGCUUUUUACUCSCAAAUAA